GAUUAUGGUAUUCAUCAAAUACAUGAAAAAGCAAAUCCAACUUUUCUUUUGAUUUGUUGGUUCAUUGGAAGGUGGUGGUUACAUCAAAAAGCACAAAUGCCAGCUCAACAAAGUACUAAUACCUAUCUGCAUGCAGUCGGAUCAAGAAAAGCCACAAGUUUGUUGAAGUGUGGAGUCUGAUCCAACGUUAUAUUUAAAUUCAAGGAUUGUAUAAUCGUGGACGAAAGAGAAUUUCUCGAACCAUGUAAAUCUUUCUUGCCACUGAUUUUCUCUUUUAUAUGUUUUGAACACGUUUACGGUCCGACUAAAGUCGCUUCCUAACAAACUUUGGUGGAUGUUUGUGAUUGAGAAUCUAUUUAUUCCUCAAUACUUUCUUAACAACUGUCUAAUUGCAGACCUCUUGUAAUAAUGACUAAAAUCUUGUGUUCAUUAGAGAUGCCACCUAAGAAAUCAAGAAAAGAGAAGAAGGGAAAAGAAAGCAGAGAGACCAACUUUGUGAUGUGUUUUUGUCAAAAAAGAUUGUUCAGACACCUUUAGUUUUUUGGUGGUCGUGACACAAAGCUGACUCAUGCAAAUGAAAAGCUAUGUUCGAACAACCGUGUCUUCUUUUCCAUAUUUAAAUAGAGUAGGCCUGAGAAAGGUUGGAUCAGAGCAAGUAUCUGGAGACUGAUAUUUAGAGUUGGUGAGAGCAUUCUGAAGCAGUUCAUCAUCUUGGUUGCAUGCAACUGAAGGAGGGAAGUGGAAUGGAACCAAAACACAGCGAAUCAAGAACUGGGAUGAGCAAACGUGGUUUUGGGGUACCGAACGCCUCAUCACAGUAUGCGGUCUCGGUUAAGAGCACUGGGGAGAAAGCACUUUUACCUGAUCCUGCUGCUCAUGAAUGCCAACUUCUGCCUUCUCCUUCUAGACAUUAUUCCAAAAUCAGACACGGUAGAGUAGAUUCCGUCAUUGCUAAGAUGAUGAGACUCGGAGAAAGCAUGGACGUUUUUGCUCAAGGAAUCCGAGAGCAUGUGAGAUUAGGACCCAAGUUGAGCGAAACGGUAAAAGGAAAGCUGAGUUUGGGGGCGAGAAUCCUUCAGGUUGGUGGAGUGGAGAAAGUGUUCAAGCAGAAGUUCAAAAUUGGCGAUGAUGAAAAGCUGUUGAAGGCUUCUCAGUGCUAUUUAUCGACAACAGCUGGGCCGAUAGCUGGAGUACUCUUCAUUUCAAAUAAUAGAGUUGCCUUCUGCAGUGAGAGAUCCAUCAAACUCUCUUCUCCGACUGGAAAGCUACUCAAAGCACAUUAUAAGGUGAUGAUUCCCUUGAGGAAAAUAAAGAGAGCCACUGAAAGUGAGAAUGUGAAAAAACCAACACAGAAGUAUGUGCAGAUAGUGACUGAGGACAACUUUGAGUUCUGGUUCAUGGGAUUUCUGAAUCACCGAAGUACUUUGAAGUAUCUGCAGCAGGCAAUUCAUGAUGCAAGAUGAGACUUUAGCCUGAAGAACUCAAAUGAUAUAAUCCUCCCCCCCCCC